UCCGGAGACCAGAGCUGUGCCCAGGAAAAUGGCUUCUGGAGGACUUUGGGUGCCCCUGUGAACAUUAGGAGCAGUGAAAUGACCAUCUCCUGAAGGUUCCCUCAAGUGGCUGAUGGACAGCUGGGCCCCAGCUGUGCUUCUGGAACGCUGGGAUCACAACCCACAACCUUGCCCUGAAGGAGACCAAGCAAAGGGAAGCAACUCUAGCCCUUUGGCCCUUGAUUUGGUGAACAGAAGGGGUUUCCAGGCUCGAGGGUGGGGGACCAGAGAGGACGCUAAUGGCAUGGAGACAGGUAGGUCAAGAGCAUGGCCCUGCACGCAGAGUGUCUAAUUCUUGUGGGCUUCUCACGCUGGCUGGGCUCUUGCUCUCACCAAGAGCCCCGAAGUUACAGGGCAAAACCUCAGGUCCGCCCGAGGGUGCGCUUGGGGCACGCCCCCCCUCCCGCCCAGAUGUCACUCCCUAUUUGGAUCUCGAGGUGAGCCUGACACUGCCCACUGCUUCCAAUCAUUAGUCUGGGUGGGACACUUUAAAUAUGCGUAUACACGUCGCGUUGUUUGACUCAGGACCAGUCCAGAGGGAGGGAGGCAGUAUCUAUAUAAACGUGCUAAGGGCAGAUGGAGAAGUGUUAACCGAGUUGCAGGAGAGAAGGUGGUGGGCAGGGGUCUGCAGCCCCGGGAAUCCCAACAGCAGUUGGCAGCGCUGGUAAGUUGUUUCAGCCUCGCUCGCUCGCAGCUUUACAUCAGGAGCGCGGAUCGAGAGUGUAGAGGCAUUCCGGAGGCAAACCGCCCACCAUGAAGGGGCUGGCACUUUUUGACUGCAAUGGGGAAAAUGUUCUGGGCCUCCAGCUUUGAAGAAGGCGAAUUCUCUAAGUGCUCAGGAUCACUGACAGUCUCGUUUUAAGAGCGGAAGCCUUGCAUGAAUUUAUUUAUCUCUGGCUUGGUCCCUAACCCGGGACUUUUCUGGACUGCAUAGGAGAGCUCUGCACAGUUCUUGAGCCCUCUGCCCUCCCAGUGGCCUAGCCGUCCCCAGCCUCCCCGCCCCGGCAGACUCGCCAUGCUUUCUUGGGGGUUGAGCUGUCUGUCCAUGCUGGGGGCUGCGGGCACCGCUCUCCUGUGUGCCGGUGUGCUGCUUGGCCUAGCCCAAAACCUGUGGACCCUCCGCUGGACGCUGAGCCGGGAUCCGGCCUCAACCUUGCCCCUACCCAAGGGCUCCAUGGGCUGGCCAUUCUUGGGUGAAACGCUGCACUGGUUGGUUCAGGGCUCUCGUUUCCACAGUUCCCGCCGCGAGCGCUACGGGACAGUGUUUAAGACGCAUCUUCUGGGCAGGCCAGUGAUCCGCGUGAGCGGCGCGGAGAACGUGCGCACCAUCUUGCUGGGCGAGCACCGCCUGGUGCGUAGCCAGUGGCCGCAGAGCGCGCACAUUCUGCUAGGUUCACACACACUCCUCGGCGCGGUUGGCGAGCCCCAUCGACAACGGCGUAAGGUCCUGGCGCGCGUGUUCAGCCGCCCGGCUCUGGAGCGAUUCGUGCCGCGGCUGCAGAGGGCGCUGCGGCGAGAGGUGCGCUCCUGGUGCGCCGCCCGAGGACCAGUAGCUGUCUACGGGGCGGCCAAAGCACUCACCUUCCGCAUGGCCGCGCGCAUCCUCCUGGGGCUGCAGCUGGACGAAACACGAUGCACCGAGCUAGCCCAGACCUUUGAACAGCUAGUGGAGAACCUCUUCUCAUUGCCCCUGGACGUGCCUUUCAGUGGCCUGCGCAAGGGCAUCCGGGCCAGGGACCAGUUAUAUCAGUACCUGGAUGAGGCGAUUGCUCAGAAGCUUCAUGAGGAGCAGGCAGCAGAGCCAGGUGAUGCCCUGCACCUGAUCAUUAACAGCGCUAGGGAGCUGGGCCAUGAGCUCUCUGUGCAAGAGUUGAAGGAGUCAGCUGUGGAGCUCCUCUUCGCCGCCUUCUUCACUACGGCCAGCGCCAGCACAUCGCUCAUUCUGCUGCUUCUGCAGCACCCCGCGGCCAUCGCCAAGAUCCAGCAGGAGCUGUCAGCGCAGGGGCUGGGGCACGCGUGCGGCUGCGCACCCCUGGCCACGGGGCCCCGACCUGACUGCAGCUGUGAGCCGGACCUUAGCCUGGCAGCGCUGGGCCGUCUGCGCUACGUCGAUUGUGUAGUCAAGGAGGUGCUUCGCCUCCUACCGCCUGUGUCUGGGGGCUACCGCACUGUGCUGCGAACCUUUGAGCUGGACGGCUACCAGAUCCCCAAAGGCUGGAGCGUGAUGUAUAGCAUCCGAGACACGCACGAGACAGCUGCUGUAUACCGUAGCCCGCCCGAGGGCUUCGAUCCCGAGCGCUUUGGCGUGGAGAGUGAGGACACGCGGGGCUCCUGCGGCCGCUUCCAUUACAUCCCCUUCGGCGGCGGCGCGCGCAGCUGCCUGGGCCAAAAGCUAGCACAGGCGGUGCUGCAGCUGCUCGCCGUGGAACUGGUGCGCACAGCGCGCUGGGAACUGGCUACACCUGCCUUCCCGGUCAUGCAGACGGUGCCCAUCCUGCACCCAGUGGACGGGCUGCGACUCUUUUUUCAUCCUCUGGAGACUUUGGGUGCGGGGGAUGGGUUACACCUCUGACUCGCUCGCUGCUCCUUCUAGCCUUGGCUUGCCCUGUGGCUGCCGCGCACACCCAGUGCUGUUCAUCUUCAGCGCCCUAGGUCCUCAUGUCACGCACAUUCACGGAGUCGUGUGUUUAACAAAUGUUCACGGGACGAUUUUGUGCUAGACUGGAAGGAGGAGUUGACUGAGUCACAGGCCCCGCAUUGGAGAUGCGCUGGGCUUGGGGAAGGAGCGUGCUGCGCGCUCCACACGUAGGCACUUGGCAAGAUCUGAAGGAGUCAGCGGUGGAAAGAACCUAUCUCCACUAGAUGAAACCUGGCUUCACCUUUCCGUGGCAAGUCCCGCAGGGAACUUGAAUGUGGGGCCCUGGCGGUGUGGCGGUGGUGAUUGGGUGUACUAUCAAACCAGAGGAGA